AUGGUUGUAAUGUCUUUGCCGUUUACGGUGCCGGAUUUCGAAGGUGAAAUCAGUCAUGUUACCGUGGCUGGAAGCGAAGCGCUGAUUUUUGUCAAAUUAACCACUUGGCAAAGGGAGUGGGAAAAAAUUAAUGCCAAGAUUCGAGAUUUAGCACCUCUCUUAGAGGAAGUCACGCUUUUCUCAGGAGUGAAAUCGGGUGAAGUUUAUAUCGUAAAGGUGAAAGGUUCCUUUGAAAGAGCGUUUAUCAUUCGACGACCCAUGCCUGAAAUAUACGCGGUUCAUCUUAUUGAUAAAGGCAUUCAGUGUGAAGUAGAGCUUGGUGAAAUUUAUGAAUAUCCAUCGGAAUUAUUGGAAUUUGGAGUGUUUAAUUGUGUUUGCCCUGUACUGGUACCACUUCUGGAAGAUCUAAGCUUAUACAAGAGUUAUGUUGGGUACAAAUGCAAGUGUAAUGUAGAAAUUGCAUUGAAAUCCCUAGUGGUAAUGGGAUUCGUUCGUGGUCGAUUUUCGAUAGAGAUUGAAGGACGUUAUGAGAAUCUUCAAGAUAUUAUUCUCGAGAAAGUGAAAAUUGGUCCUGGCAAUAGUGAUUUUACAUUCGAGCCUCAUUGGGCAACCGAAAAACAUGCAGGACAUAUACAAGCUGGGCAGACCGAUGUUAGCUAUAGCUCCAGCUCAAGCAGUGAGUCGUCUUACCAUAAUCCCUGCACUCAGGCCGGACUGAAAACAAAUACCAACAGCGCAUUAUCAUUUCCAGGGACAAGAAAUUUCGCAAUUCCAAAAAAAGAGAAACUAAAUUUUUUUAUUCACAAUAACAUCUGUCUAAACAGUAUUUUUUUCCUAGCUAUAUACACAGCUCCAGAAAUCGUCGCGGGACGUGACAAAGCCAAGGUGGGGACUCUGUUUAAUCAGAGAGCGUUCUUGCAUUACAUACCUGAAAUGCUACCGAUAACACUAUCUGUUCGAUUUGACAAAACAGAUCGUGUGAUGAGCACUUUCUGGGUUAUCAAUAAGAAAAUUCUUGCUGAUGUUGAAAAAGCACUGAGGGAAGUAGGGGAUAGACUGUCGCGUUUCCCGCCCAUAAAUCAAAGAGGUGAAGAUAUUCAAAUGCGAGAGACACCGUGUAUUGUACGUUCUCGGGCUGACAAUGUUUACAACUCUCUCUUUCGUGCUGUUCCAGCUCAGUACGAUGCUCGAACGAAGAGAGUCUCAGCUUUUUUGGUGGAUUUUGGCUGGUUCAAAUGGGUGUUGGCUAGUGAUGUCCUUGACAUCUCCAGCAUGGAAAUAUCCAACCCAGUCAGAAAUCUCCCAGCAGCAAUGAUACAUUGUCGCGAAGAUAAAACAAGCAUGCUUCAUGCUAAAGACCUCAUUAAAGGAACAAACUGCGAAAUGACUAUCAAGGGAAAUGCGCUGCGUGACGUAUAUACGGUUGAUUUAGUGGAACCUCUUUUCAUGCCGAAUCGAAUAGAUGGCACAUCCAAUGAACAACCAAUAAAUGGCAGAGAAGCUACGAUUGGCAAUAUGCAGGAGGCUGAAGUGAUUUCAUCGUGUAAAAAGUUGGUCACUGAAACCUGUCAGCGACAAUUGAUGACAUCGAUGAUGAUGGAAACAUUAAGUAUUGCCAGUCGUGAGUUGGCACAACAACCCCAAAAUUUCUGGCCAGCUGUCUAUCGUCCAACUUUUCCAAUGGCGAUGCCUGUAAUGAUGCCAAUGGCGUUUCCGGUAAUGUUCCCAAUGACAAUGCCGAACAUUAAUCUCCAGAGCGCUGGAGACAACGUUGCUGUAAGACCUGAGAAUACGGAGGCUGGUAAUUUUGAAGGUGUCAACUUCUCCAAUAAAAACUCAGGAGCUCGACCAGGCGCACGUGGAACAAAUUACCGUUCUCCAAAGACGGAUCAUAUGCGAAAAGGCGGAAUCAGAUUCCAAGGCAAGAGUUCUCAAGCAGCGAAAGAAUGGCCACACACUGAUUUUGGUGCCGAAAAUGAAUUCAGUGCUUUUGCAAGUGAUAAAAAUAAGACACCGCAAAAUUCGUGUGAAGAGGGGAGUAGUGGACUGUCGUGGGAUCUUCCACCGAAUUCUAUAAAGGAGCGCCGAAAGUUUCAGAAAAGUUUGGACAAUAAUGCGCAGAAGGGUCGACUUACAGACUGGGAAAAGGCUGUCGCAGCAGAUCGAGCAGGUCGUAACCAACAGGACCAUAAUCCGUCUCCAUUCGGUGGUGAUUAG